AUUAAUAUGAGCGAUUUAAUCAGAGAGAUGGAUGACACUAAUUCAGAUACUUCUAUUGUAGAUUUCAAUUUCGAAUCAGAUGAUGAAGAAAUUAUUAAUUAGAAUGAUUAGCCCAUUUAAGAAAUUUAAGGUCCUGUAGAAAUUGUUUAUCAAGAGGAAUAAGUGAUUUUAGAGAAUGGGUCAUCUAUUUAAGACUAAUAAAAUUAAUAAGAACAAAAUAACUAAGAGUAAUAAGGAGAAUAAAAUGAGAUUUCUUUACCAGUACAACAUUAUCAAGUAAAGCCAAAACCAAUAAAGUACAAAUAACCUCGAGAAUGUAAUAUACAAUAAGGAUAUCAAAUUUUAAAGACUUUUGGCUAUUAUGCUCAUACUUCGUACAAAAAUGUUUAAUAGAAGAAAGAACAAGCAUUUAUAAAGUUUACAAAUUAUAUAAUUUCAGAGGUCGAAAAGAUAAAAAGAUUAUGAUUUUUUGUAUAUACUUAAUGA